AUGGCUGACCACGCGCACGAGCAGGCCGGCCUCGAAGUAGGGAAGAUGGGACACCCCGCGCACGACCAAGCCGGCCUCGAAGUUGUCCCCGAGCCCGAAGCACCGCAAGUGAUUGAGGGACCAACGAUACAGAAGCCCUGGGAUCAGUCGCACUCCGCAGGACCGCCGUAUCAGCAGUAUGACCCUUCAGCUCAAGGGGGUUACGCACAAGGGCAAUAUGGACACUACCCCCCUCAUAGUGGCUAUCCCGACUCUGCCGCCCAUGCUCCUCACUCACAGUGGGAACCAUCGCACGUUGGGACGUUAGGUCCCAGCGCAUCAGAGAAGGGGGUAGAACCAACAAUCUUUGGCAUCAAGAGGAGGAAGUUCUGGCUUAUAUUUGGGCCGUUGAUUGCCGUCUUGGUCAUUGGUCUAGCAGUGGGACUAGGUGUUGGGUUGGGAGCAAGCCACCACAGUAGCUCCUCAGCAUCUAGCAAGAAGUUCCUUGUACUUUGCGACCUAGACUACAACUCGGGCGAAGGCAGCACUGAUAUUGGUAAUGUGGAGACCGAUACUGUUGAGGAUUGCGCCAACACCUGUGCGGCGAAUGGCAGCUGUGUGGGAGCCGGAUGGGGGGACUACUACGGCAAGAAAUAUUGCUGGAUGAAGUCAAGUCUGGGCAAAUCACACUUUGCCGGGAACUGGUAUUUCUUGGUCAAACAAUGA